UCAACGUCAUACCUAACUGUCACCAACGUAAACAAAACAAAAAACAGGGUUCGACGAACUUUAUUUUAUCAUAAUGCAGUACCUUUUCCCAAUAAAGAAAAGCCGCCCUAAAUAAUCAAGAAAAUGUCUCAAAAUGAAAGGACCCAAGAACCUGAUACUGUUACAACUAUUUCUAGCAAUAUUGUUAAUUGUGGUGCUUUAUUUUGCCUUUGUAACAUUAAGCCUUAAAGUUCCCUCCACUGUAGCUACUAGUAUAGUACAAGAAGCACAAAACCUUAGCUUUAUACAUUCUUCACCAGUUACAACGCCGCGAAAUAUUAUAAAUAACGACUUCAAUAUUUGGCUAAUAUUUACAAAGGUAAACAAUAAAUCUUCUUUGACUUACAAGUUUGGGAAUUUGGUGCAUAAUUUACUGAAUGUAACCUCUGUGCCAUUGCGCUUUCAUAUCUUGGUUGAUGAAAAGUCAAAGGGAAUAGCACAGAAUAAACUAUCAGAGGUUGUGUAUAGAUCAAACAAGAGCUUGGUAUACACAUUUUAUGAUGUUCAAAAUGCUGCUGCAAAAAUACAGGAUAUUGUUCGUGUUAUGACCCCAUUUUUCAGUUCGAAGCCUGGUACAUACUACAGUGAUGCCUUGUUUUAUAUAUCUUUAGGAUUGUAUAGGGUAGCUCCUUUGUCCCAAAAAAGAGCUAUUUUACUUGACUGUGAUUUAUUCUUUAAGAAAGAUGUCGCCUUAUUAUUUGAACAAUUCAAUAGCUUUAAGCCUACAGCCUUAUUUGGCCUAGCCCCAGAACUCUCACCAGUAUACCGACACAUACUGCACAUGUACAAACUAAAACACAAAACGACCUUUGGGGACUUUUAUCAUCAGAGGCCCAUCUCCCCGUAUAAAACACACCCGCAAGGCUUUCAGGGGUACAACAGUGGAGUGGUGAUGAUCAACUUUGUGAAGUUAAGGACCUCAAAAGAAUUUCCAAAAGUCAUUUCAAAACUGAACAUAAUCAAUAUGACUGAGAAGUAUAGGUUUAGGGGCCACCUAGGGGAUCAAGAUUUUUAUACUAUGUUAGGUUACGAGUUUCCUCAUUUAAUUCAAACAAUACAUUGUGGGUUUAACAGGCAAUUGUGUACUUGGUGGAAAGAUCACGGUUACAGGGAGAUUUUCGAUUAUUAUUUUCAAUGCGAGCAUCCUGUUAUGGUGCUACAUGGCAACUGUAACACUAAACUUCCAAGAGUUUGACCACUUUUAUAUUUUAAGAGGGAGGUUUAAAAUCUAGCUUUUAGAUCUGAUCAUAGUUGUUUUAUGAAUAAUUUGUACUUGCCAUUAAAGCUUUGCCAUUUUAUAAACUUGCUGUAGAUGUUAAUUAAUUUUUAAGUAGUGCAAUAAUAGUUUCAAAUAAUUAAUAAAGAAUUUUUAUAUAUUUACUUUUUUUAUAGGCAAUAAGAUAUAUGUUAGCUAUGCUUUAUUAUAAAUUUGUUUUAUUAGGGGAUACCCACUUAAACAAUUAAAAAUAAACUUUUUUUUUAUAAAACUA